AUGUCUAGGAGAUAUGAUAGCCGUACAACCAUCUUUUCCCCUGAGGGUCGUCUCUACCAAGUUGAGUAUGCAAUGGAGGCCAUUGGAAAUGCGGGUACUGCAAUUGGGAUUUUGUCAAAAGAUGGGGUUAUCUUAGUUGGUGAGAAGAAAGUCACAUCCAAACUCCUCCACUCCACAACUUCCACUGAGAAAAUGUACAAGAUUGAUGACCAUGUUGCUUGUGCUGUGGCUGGAAUAAUGUCUGAUGCCAACAUCCUGAUAAACACUGCUCGGGUCCAAGCUCAGCGCUAUAUGUUUGCGUACCAAGAACCAAUGCCUGUUGAGCAGCUUGUUCAAUCUCUUUGUGAUACUAAGCAGGGCUACACACAGUUUGGUGGUCUCCGGCCCUUUGGUGUUUCGUUUUUGUUCGCGGGUUGGGACAAGAAUUUCGGUUUUCAACUUUACAUGAGUGACCCUAGUGGAAACUAUGCUGGCUGGAAAGCUGCAGUGAUUGGUGCGAACAACCAAGCGGCUCAAUCAAUGCUUAAACAGGAUUACAAGGAUGAUAUGACUAGGGAAGAGGGAGUUCAGCUAGCACUGAAGGUGCUCAGUAAAACCAUGGACAGCACAAGUCUUACUCCUGAGAAGCUUGAAUUGGCUGAGGUAUUCCUCUCACCUUCUGGGAAAGUGAAGUAUCAAGUUUGUCCACCCGCAUCUUUAAGUAAGUUGUUGGAGAAGGUUGGUGUGAACCAACCAUCUACUGAGGAUUCCUAG